AUGGUACAUCUAGUGUACUUUACUCUGGUCCUGAGCGCCGUGAACUAUCCUGUUAGGUUUCGGUUUGACAAGUGAUUGCAUUCUUUCCGGCACUAUUCCAGCGUCACUAAGUGUCUCGAAGUCCUUCGCUGUUUCUAGUGCUGUUUUUUCCUUUUUAUCGUUUCAUUCUUUGCAUCUACAUAUCUUACUGUUUUACUUUCUCUGACUGCACCCCAUAUUUAUCCCGUUAGGGAGUCGGGCUUCCUGUGGGAAAUUGAGUUAGAUCAGUCACGCAUCUUCACGCGUUUCCUCACAGUUUGUCCCACUUGAUCUGCUUUUCUGAAUUCGUAGACAAGUCAUUUUAGGAUUCGCGUUAGAUUGGACGGACUUAUGCUCUUAUUGGCCUAAAUCCCUUCUCUCCCCCCACACUCUGAACCAGUCAACUUUGAUUCCCAUUUGAACGCACGCUCAACCCUGAACCGUUUUACCCUUUAGGUUAAUAAAGAAGAAUUGAUAAUGCUGAAUAUGAAGUUUUUGCUUUAAUUUACGUCCCAAAAUGGCAUUUACACUUUUUCGCCACCACAGCUACAUCCAAAUCCGAGACGGAAACAAAAAACAUCUGUUCAACGAACAAAAGCGACUGUUUAUAUUUUUCGUACCUUUUGGGCUGUGCGUGCCGAUGUUUCCCCUUGUUCCAUGGUACAAAAUCUCACAUUUGUGCAUCGCCUAUGAUAGCUGAAGGUGACCCUGCCUAUUCCUCUCAGUAUUCUCAUUGGGAAGUUUUCACGUGUGAAGACAGAGGAAACCCAUCGAGCACGCGCCUUCGCAUACUUUAGUUUUACAGGGCGUAGGAGACUACAAUUAGAGAUGAAGACCAUGCCCAUUGAACUAUUUUUGUUCUAUUGAAAUUCCCCAGUCUUGAUGAAAUACCAGAUUUCUCUUAUACGGCCUGUGUGAAUAACAAAAUAAAUUGGAUUUAUUGAUGAUCGAUGCUUCCUGCCAUAAUUUGAAUGAAGCUUGAUCCUCAAAGGGCUGACUGGCGAAGUCAAAUAAGUCAUGAAUGAUCAUCUCAGCCCUAUUUGUAUGCUGCUCUUUGUCGUGCGACCGCCUGCAGGGACUAUAGAUCCGGAAACACCCACAUUCGUCCUGCGAUCAGAAUUGAUCGGUACAGCCUGUUUAUUUCCUUGUCAAUUGUACUGCGGCCCAUGCCCAUAGUUGAUACAUUGUGCUUAAACUCCCUCGUUUCCGAGAGGUAGCAUUUUUACUCAUUUUCGUUAUUUUAAGAUUUUCUGUGUCAUGACCUACUCUGCAGUAUCUUUUUGUGUCCACCCGUUUUAGCGCCUUCGGAUAGCCAAGGAGUUCGGUGACUUGCCGGCCCAAAGGAGAGCCUACAGUAACCUGGGAAACAGCUACAUUUUCCUCUCAGAUUUCCUUUUUGCUGCAAGAAGUUACAAGUACGUACAUGUACAGCGCUCCAGAUGCUCUGGUCGUUUUUAAGGGGUUUUAGCCACACUUCAAGCCCCAAUCUAAUCCAUUCUGUCAGUGUUCGCCGGAAACUAUGGUCUUGUUUGUGAACGCUAUCCGGACGGGUUCCUGGGAUUAAGCGUAAUUUUCGAUGAAAAUUCAGCCUCUGCCUUUGGAGUCAUUCACCAAGCAGCUCAUAACACCUCAUACUCACUCGUUGUCUUUAAAGUCACAAGCGAGACUCAUUCACCAGUCCAUCUUCGUCACUCCUAUCUGCCUCAUUCCAUCCUGUAAUCUGGACAGACUGGUAAACGCCGCUGUCGAGGAGUUUUGCACAUUCCAGAUCGCAACUGACAGAUUGUGAGAUCCUGGCAAAGUAGAUCACAGUUCAAGUCCUCGGGUUUUUUCAGUCCGGAGUUGGGCUGUUUCCGGUUAGUGAGGUCACCUGGGUCAGGAAGGGCUAUUCCAAUCUCUCUUCUUUACACAUGGAUGUUUCGUUUUGUUUAAUAAGUCGGUUGGCAUAGUUUUUUUCUUCCAUUUGUUCUUACGAUAAGUGGUUUAUAUUUCGUAACGUUAACCGGAAUUCUGAGAUGUCAUUUUGGUUAGAAAGGGCUAUCUAGGUGGGGUUGUAAUAUUUAUUAUUUUGCAGCAUCAUCUCAAGAUAUCUCAGUUAAGCUAUAAUUCCGGCUUUUGAAUGCCCGCCUUCCCGACCGUCUACAAAAGUCACACACGUAUUAGGUUGUUCGGAAAAUGCUGGCUGAUCUUUCAACUGGCCUUUAAAAAUUGAAAGUCAUUGCUCUUUUUUCUAUGUCUUGUGCAAAAGUCUACAUGCCCAGUAGUUUAUAUGUACGCAUUUAUUUCAUUCCAUUUAGAGUACAAUCUUGAAGCACAUGAACCCUUGAUAACAAAGGUUAAAAAAGAAGAAAUAUGUUUACUUUUUUUGCAUGAGUUCAAAUUCGGUCGUAAUGCUUCCCAAAUAGCUACCAAUAUCAAAAGAGCAUGGGGAGAAAGUUCCACAGGUGGUCGGACAGUACGGUAGCUUCAGAAAUUCCGUAGUGGCAAUGAGAACCUUGAAGAUGAAGAGGGUGGGUGACUGCCACGCACUCUUGACAAUGAACUUCUGAAAGUAAUCGUUAAAGAAAACCCACAUUAAGGUGUCACAGAACUGAAGCAAUUUAUAUCAGUAGUUCAACUAUGUCCUACCAUCUGAUGCAAAUUGGUAAAGUGAGAAUACUCGAUAAAUGGGUCCCACGUGAGCUCAGUGAAAAUUAAAGGGUUCGGCAUUUUAAAUCCUGUUCGGUGCUCUCUGUGCGAAACUAUAAUCAUUCAUUUCUUUAUCGAGUACUGGCUUUGGGCGAAAAGUGAAACCUUAGUGAUAACCGUAAUCGACUAUGCUCGUGACGAAACACCUAAGAAUUUCCCGAAACUGAAGUUGCAACAGUAGAAGAUUAUGGCGACAGUCUGGUGGUCCGCUAUUGUAGCCUUCUCGAUACUAAUAAGAGCAUCACAACAGAUGUUUGCUACAAGCGACUCGAAUAAAUGCAGGUUCAUCUGGGAAAAAUGAUACCUGCACUAGUAAUUCAACGUCGCCCAGUUCUGCCCCACGACAGCUCACGGUCACAUGUUGCCGCGAUGAAACAACACAAAUUCAAUGACUUGAGAUACGAGACUUUGCCAUGUACUCUAUAUCCUCCCGUUCUCUCACUCAUAGACUGCGCACUUUCUCAAGCAUCUAGGCACCUUUUGAGCAACAAAAUUGAGGUGGAAGCUGGAUUCAUAGAUAUCUUAACACCAAGGCUGGAUUUACAAGCGAAUCGAAAAUCAAUAAAAAGCCCAUUUGACUUAAGUGGCCACUUUUAACGCGCACGAUUUUUGCGUACGAUCGGAAUGACGGGCAUUCAAAAGUCGGCAUUCUGGGGUGACUGGCAUAUCUUGAUAUCAUGCUGUGUGACACCCAAUAGUAAAACUCCACCUAGAUAAUUCUUUCUAACUGAAGUCGCAUUUCGGGACUUUGUUUAUUAUCUCAUGAAUUACGUCACCUACUCUAAGUACGUAUGUUGUAUAAAUGACUGUUUCUGACCUUAGGAUGUGUAUUUCAAAUCGCACGUUUAAUUUGCAGGCAUGCUUUGGCCAUCGCUUUGCGUCUAGGCGAUGAAGCCCUGCAGGCGCAGGCCUGCUUCAGUCUGGGCAAUAGCUGCACCCUCUUGCAUGACUACUCAGCCGCAGUUGUAUACUACCUCCGCCAUCUACACAUCGCCUGGCGCCUACGUGAUCGCCUAGGUGAGGGUCGGUCCCAGUGGUCUUUGGCUAAUGCCUACGUUGCCCUAGGCGAUUACCGGCGCGCCUAUCGCUGCUGUCUUCGUCAUCGCAAAAUCGCGAAGGAGGUCAGCAGUCCGCUCCAUUUGAUUAACUUCCUGAUUGUACCUUAUAGUGAGCUUUUUGUCUGUAGGGCUCGGAGGAGAUAUGUCCAUUCACAUCACUGCUUUAAUUUUCAUCGCCAAUUCUUGUCACCCGGAAUCUUUCCAAUCUAUGUCAUUGAUGACUUACUUUAUGGAAUAUAAAAUCGGCAUCCUGUAAAUAAGUUUCAAGGAAAAAUAAUCAUACAAGUACGUUGCCCACCCUGGCUUUGUCAGCGCUGCCACUGAAUGACCCCUGUAGUCCCAAACCCAUAUUCUGCUACCGCACGAACAGUGGUUCUCGUCCUUUGCGAUCUCUCCAUGCGUAUGCCGUUGUUGUUGUUAGACAGGAAAUUGCUCCGCUCCGCGCCAUUGACUCUGUAAAUCUAGUGCGCACCACACCCCUCUGGUCGUCCAAAUUGCGGUUAAGUCAUAAAUCAUUAGUACAGCCUUUGCGCGAGGCGGCCUGGUGGGGGUAUGCUUUCCAUCAGCUCUUCAGUUCGAUGGUGGACCCCUCCAUCCACUGCUCCUUUACUUGUUCGAAAUUCCAGGAGUUUGCCGGACGUCGAGGGGACCCCCUAUGGGUGACGGAAAGCACUCACUAUUUAGUAAUAUCGUCAUGAUACAGAAGCGCCCAAUGAUGACGGCAAAUAUGCCAGAAAUGGCCUUUCCGGUCCCCUCUGUUUGUCGGCACCACCUUAUCUACCGAUAUCGGCAUGAUUUCCGACCCAUUUAUGGGUGCCCGAUUUGCCCAAACCAUGUCUUAAGAUUGCGAAGAAGGAGACGCAAUUGCUGAAACAAUAGUUUUGUUCGCCUGACGCUUCCGAUUCACUUUGGAAUUUAUCAUCGGAAAUAUGGUCAGGUAAAAGCUAUAUUUUGAACAAGUAUUUAAUCUGCAAUCAGGUAAUACAAACCAGUUUUCUGCGCACAAAAGAACUUCGUACAGGCCCCACACUUACCAUGGCCCAAAGCCACCAUGCCAGCCACCUACGUAUAAUUAUCCGUCCCACUGCCCGCCAUCCCCCUCUCCCUGACACUGACGGUAAUUUUGUUUUCCACCUCACCCACCCAAGCCCUCCCCCCAAACCCCACCUACAGAAAAACUUCUGCUGGCCUGAUGAGAAUUUAUCGAAAGCUUACGUAUGCUUGCCGAAUUGUCUUUUGAUUUCUUCAAUGGGAAUUUACUCCUUCACCUGCUCCUGUGGGGCAGAAAAUAUUGGUCGCACGAGCCGGCGUUUAUUCAAAAGAAUAAUAGAACAUCUUCCAGCAUGGCUAGGGGGGGGGUCAAAUAAAGAACAUCAACAGCUCGAUCCUCGCGCACAUGGUAGACACAGACCACCGUGUAGACACGAGAGAGGCCUUCAGAGUGAUUUACAAGGUCCCAUCAAGCUAUUCAAAACUGCUUGGGCAGCGCUUUUUGACUACGGCAGAGGCGGUUGCAAUCAGGCUACGCGGACCGGUCCUAUGCGCACAGAAGAACUUCACACAGGUCCCACAGUUGUCAUGGUUCAAAGCCACCAAGCCAGCCACCCGCAUGUAAUUACCUUCGCCGGGACUCAUUUUCUCCGUGGCGCUGACUGGAAUUGUAGUGUUCUACUCUCCCCCUCUCAUCCCCUCCCCAAACCCGAGUUACAGCUUAAUUAUCUACUUGCCCGUACCUUAUAAUUAGUUACUUCAAUAGCCCUAUAAAUGUACAGACCUGAAGAGAAUUUAUCGAAAGCAGACUUAUGCUCGCCAAAUUGCCUUUUGAAUGGGAGUUUUCACAACUCUAAGUAUUUAAGCAUUUAUAGGAUGCAAUUGCUAUCCCUUUGCAUAUCUAUCGGAAUUGCCGGCAUCCACAUUCAUUGCAGAUGGUUGCACGUUGUGCGAUAAUUGCUUGAUUGUCGGAAAUCUGAGCCUUGUAACAAUUCCGUCACUCGUGUGGGUCCUCGAGCCAUUUGGCUUGCCACCACUAACACUAGGCGCUGUGCUUACCCGCGCACUCCUCGUUUGGCUAAUUACUCUUCAUGGGCAAAAUCACAGCACAUAAUGUGAAGGAGGUCAUUGCGCUUGCUAGUCGACAAAGGACCGGAAAACCGGGACACGAGCUGCUCACAGCCCACACAACUGUCAUCUCUCAAGAAUCUCGGUUGCAUCGAACUUGAAUGUGUGACCGUGCUCCGUUAAAUGAGCCGUAACUUGGGGGCUAGUGUCGCUUUUCCUCGCUGCUGCUGUGUGCUCAACCAUCCGCGUUCAGAGAAGUCUUCCAACUUUUCCUACAUAAUUGCCUGGCGCGCAACCUCACCGAAUCCAUUAAACGACUCCAGACGUUUACUGCCGUGUCAGUGGGUCUUUUGGCCCCCUGAUCGGGCGCUUGAUGGUUGCCCCGGUCUUCGUGCAACCCCAAAUCUAAGAGGUUUGAUUUGGCGGCUGACGGCUUCUGAGACGUUCUUGAUGUACGGGAACGCUGAACGUUUGCUGAGACCGAAAUCCUUGCGAGGGGCGACAACCGCGUGUGCCGCGACCUGCAUAAGUGAUGGUUUUUCGGCUCUCUGACGAUUACUUGGCGCCAUGACCUCCCUCCACAGUCUGUGCUGUAAUGAAAUUGCUACAAGUAACGACUCGGCUGCGGGCAAUCAGGCAAUUAACGCUGCAUGUGCAACCAUCUGCGAUGAAUUCAGAUGCUGCCUAUCCUUAAUAGGCAUGUAGUGGGAAAGCGACUGUAUCCUAUAAAUACUGCAAUACCUGUGUGAAACACUACCUUUAUCUUAUCCUGUUUCGGAUUAUGGGUUCCAGUAUAAAUCCAAAGUAUCAGUCGAACAGAACUAUUCAUUUGACCCAAUGGCUAAAAAUUCGAUUACCUCGAUAGGAUUCUAAACCGAGACAGCCAGGGCGAGACUUAAGUGCAGCCAACGCUCUACCCACCUCAGCUGCGAGGCUCCACCUACAGCUGUGACUUCAAGUACAUCUAGGUCAAGUUACCCACCCGGCCUACUGCAGCUUAUGAAAUCCACCAAAUCUGGUACCGUAAGCUGACUGCCCAAGAAGGAUUUCAUAAGCAAUCAAUGUAGGAUCCACUAGAUGACAACCAGGCUCCCUUAACUAAUUGGUUUUGGCUAAUGUAAAUAAUACAUUGGACCCAAUUGUGAGAAACUCGGCUGCAUCGGCGGUAUUCGAAUUUACAGUUGGGUCAGAUGAAUUGUUCAAAUUUACCAAAAACACCAACAUACGAAAUUAUUGUUCUAGAGAUCGCGUCCCUUUCUUCCCGACUACUUCCUGGAACGUCUAGCUUUCCAAAACGCAUGCCCCCAGUAACGGUUGAUUUCUGCCAAUAUUGUCUAGCAGUUCUAUUUGGUUCUGCUAACCGUACGCAUUUAUUUGUAUGACUUUGUGUUAGAAGAGCGCUGACCGAGAGAAUGCGGCAGAUGCAGCGCAAAUCUAACAUCACUGGCACUUAAUUCAUGCACACGUCGCCAUCCCUUCACCUUUUCUGCUGUGGGGCUCAAGGUGGAUAGCCUCGUCUGCGGCGGGUGUUUAACUUUGUCGGCCACUCUAUCCGGGCUCGCCUUCGAUCGUUCUGACUCUGUCUUGCCACUGGGCACAGGUAGGCAAUGAAGAAGAAAGUGCAGCAUAUGCUUCAUGAAUCGACGUCCUAUGCCCACAAUUUCAUGCAAUACACGGCGGGCAUCGUCGUUCGCGACGGCUGAAGUCACGUGUGUGUGCUCCCUAGUUCCUCUAAGACGGGCCACGGGGUAGAUGCGUCGGACCAACACGGGGGCCAUAUCGGAUUCUGACAGGCAUUAUCGGGAAUAAACACCCACGGCCAACGUCAACAUUCGGGAUGAGGUGGCAGGUCCGGUGGCCGACCCAUGUCGCGCCAACUGGGAUACAAGCCGUCUCCCCGCUCUUGUCGUUGGUUAAAAUCCUCAUCAAGUGUUUGUUGCGGAAUAGGGGGUGUGGCCGUACGCCUGAGUGCGGGUCCGGCCGUGCCAGCCACCUGCGCCCCCUCCUUCGGUCUUCUUGACUAUGUCUUGACACCGGGCCCAGGUGAGGGAAGAGGAGGGAGUGCGGCAGAUGCUGGGCAAGUCUACUACCACACUAAACUAGCCCACGCACAAGUCACCGCUCCUGCUCUCACCCUACUGUGGAGCACACAGUGGACAUCGUCGGUCACAACAGUCUAACUGUCGUGUGUGUUUAAAUGUCCUUCCCGCGCCUCCAUUUCUUUUGUCCAGUUGGGAGACGAGGUCGGUCUGAUUGCAGCAGAACUAAUGACCAACGAACUACAGCGCAUCCUCGGCUCCGAGUCCGCGGUUGGGGAUGACAACAGUGUCUGUCAGUCGCAACGACAGCAGCAUCAGGAAGCCGCUGCCGCGCACGCCCUCCAACAGGUUUUAUUGUUCGAUGACCAGCAACACACCACCGCCGCAGCCGCCAGUUCCGCUACCGUCACUACCUGCGACUUCCUGCCGCCGGCGCUCGUAGCAUCUACUUCGAGGUGUACAACAAUGAAGGCUGAGGUGGAUGCGACUGGUGUUACAGAAGAGGAGACGACGCCUUUAAGUCAAGAGGAAUUAGAAUCGGAACUUGCUCUAGCACGCAACGUCGCUCUGCAGUUCCGAGGCGGCACGGGGACGGCCGUGACCCCUGUGACCUUCGCUGACGGCGCUCUUAUUGACGAGGACGGAGAUCUGCUGUCACUAGGUGGGGAACUGGAGUCGGACUUUGUGGUAGUCACCACGGGCGAAGAGGACCAGCUGCAGCAGACUGCGGAUUACGUGGAAAGUAAGCCACCGUAUACGUCGGAAAUUUUGUAGUUUUGACCGUUGCCCUUUUUAACACCACAGAAUUUUAAAUGCUGCAGUUCACUAAAAGGCCUUUUAUAUUCAGUGGCAAGUGCUCCGUCGCCCCUUCGGCAAAGCAUAUGGCAAUGUUAGUGCUACUAACAUAGAUGAGUAUUGUUUCCGUUGCAGUUGACGGUCAUUCCACUCGGGGAUCUUUACUCUCACGCUUUUUUAGCAUCCGAUCAUGCUCGAUUUACCUUAAUGUUGUUUAUGAUGUUCUCAAGCCUAGUUAAUGACGAACUUGGCACUCACCUUAGAACUUACUUUUGAACUAAAAGUAGGUUGAAGUUUGUCGGUUUGCUCCUGAUACGCAUGCGGUGGGUCUUCCCAUGCAUUAAUCAGUCUGGGCCUUCUAAUAACCACACAAGGGACUUUUCUUGCUCCACUUAAAGGUUUGUCCAUGUUAUUGAAAUUAAUCGCUUCACCUGGCUUAGAUUUGUCACAAUUUGUGCAGAAUCAAGAGCCUGCGUAUGCCAUCUGCUCUUCGUUUAUUUUUUCUAUGUCGGAUUUUCAACGUUGGGGUAAAAUUGCCUGUUAGCAUUUGCAAAAUCAGUUACGCAUUUACCUUGUGUACUUUCCUUUCGUUUUUUAUUUACGGCCCUUUGUCAACAGAGGAAUAGAGCCCCCCUUUAUUAUGGGUGGUAACGAGUUUUCGGUGUAUUCGUCCACUUGAUCUGCAUUAACUGAACACAUUAUUGAUUUUCCUACCUUUUUUCUUUUGCUCAGAUGCAGCUAGCACUUCGGAGUCCAAACCGUGUCAGCCGUCGUCCCUUCAUCUCCCUGUACGUCUGCCCUUUCUUGCUUGCACUCUCAAACCGCUUUAAUUUGCGUAUUCUUAUCAUAUCUAACAUUUCGCGGAAAUAACUUCUUUGGUGGACAUCAAACUGACCUAGCCUUGCUUUUUAACCUCCCUCUACCCGUUAAACUGCUUCACGAUCUUAGCCAUUUCUGCUCAACGAGUGAUUGAGACCAUAUUAAAAUCUCCCGUCGUUCCGGCCUGGGGUUUACGUGCGAUGACGGAAGCGAAGCUAGAAAUGACCAUUCCGAUCUCCGCUGUAUUUGUUAACAAUACUUGUCGACAGUGCAGAGAGAAGGUAAAUACAGUGUCUGUCCACCUUCCCGGAUUAGAAGUUUUCUUGUUUUUAAUGUCACAGUGAGAUGUAAACGAAUGUACUCUAAAUUAGCCUUUUUGUGAACAGCAAAGCAGAAGGCGGCAAGCAUGCGAAGAGACGCAGAUGCAGUGAUUUCUGGGAUGUUUAACGUCGUUUCAUAGUAGUGAAACGACAGACUGAUUUUUACAAAUUUUGCGUGGUUUUCCAUUCUGGCAGCACAGAUAGCAGCUAAAAGCUCAGUCACAUGCUUCACCGAUCUUCUGCCGUUUCAUGACGCAUCUAAGGCGGUUCCCCCAGCUUCCCCGAUAUACUUUCUGGUAGGUACACCAGUUUUUACUUUCGACUUUUUAAUUUUCUGAGAGGUAAAUCCUCCGGAAUAAACCCUUUCUGACUCGGAUCGAAGGUUCGUAGAGAUGUUUGAACCGAAAUCCAUCAGUUUCAAUGGGAUAACUGCGUAUUACUCCCAACUGUUUACGCAAUCUUGUGGAUUUUUGCCACUCAGACUGAAGACAACGGCACAAAUGGUUUUCGGGCACAUCCCUCGAGCCUUGGCGACUCGGCCGAGCUCCUCUUUGACCUGCUCGUCCAUUCUCAAUCUCAGCGCAUGAACGACCAGCGUUGUUCACUGGAUGAUAACCAGGUGGAAAAUUCGGCUGAAUCUAUUGGAGAAGAUGACUCUUUCCUGGACUUGCUUAUUGGACUUCAGGUGAGUUAUUCUUCAACUCCCCUAACUGAGCUUAAUUCAUCUUAUUUGAGGUAAAGUAUAGGCAUGUGCCUUUGAACUCUCUAUUUGUACAGUUUACUGUGCUACGAGAAAAAUUACGGGUAAAGCCUUGUUAAACUGCAAAUGUGUCAGGUGUGUGGUAGGGCAAAAUAGUUCACGUGGUAAAAUGUUUUACUGAAACGUGUUAAAUAGUAUGUCAGUGAACACUUACACAUAAACAAGUGUCCUGAGUGAUGCGGUCUUGCGUCUAGUUGUUUAGCGAAGUGUACUCAAAAACAACUACUGCAACGCACCGAAUAGUAUGUUUGGUAGUGUUUAACUUUCCGGGAGGAUGAUUCAGGGACAGAAUCACGCUAAGUUUUGAUGGCCUGGUGGUGCUCAUGGCUGUACUGGUCAACAUGUUUUCUUAAAAUAUCUAUGGAUUGGGGCAUGACGGUGUCCUCAGGGAGAACAUUCCAAGCCUCAAUUUCUCUGUUGGAGGAUAAAAACUUACUUGCGUUCUGUCGCCCCAAUCACAUGUUACUCGAGAGGGUGCCCUCGCAAGCUAAUAGUGGUGACCAACUCGAUGGGGUCGCCGAAUGCAAGGCAACACUCCUAACCCGCCAUAUGCGAAACGCUUGUAUAAGGUCGCCCCGUAACUGUCUGUAAUCCAAAGGAGGUCGAGAUGGGACAACCGUGUUUCUUAAGUCAGUGAGCCCUGACAACGGGCUAAAUUGGUUGCAUGUCUUUGGACCUUUCCAAGAGCGCUGCGGUCGUUGACAGUCCACGGUCACCGAGCUCGAAUUAAAGACGAGUUGCGGUCGCACGAACAUCCCUGCUACCUCACCGAAGCCCCCUUCGUCGAACUCAGCAAAGACACGUUUAGUGAGUUGUAAGCUUUAUAGCGAGCUUUUAGUUAGAAGUCCACGCCUCUAACCACUGGGCCACGAGCCCGUUGCCCUGUCGGUUUCGAUCGCGAAUAUACAAUGAUAGGGGGCGUUCACCGAUCGUCCUUACGAAACUCACUCGUUCCGUUGUGACUUAUGGGCUCUCUUUCGAGCAGCCGCACAGCGACGCAUGAUAUAGGCAGUAUGUUAUUACCGACAAAAACAAGGGAGAUUGGAAUGGCCAUUUCUGGCUUAUUAGCCGUCGUCAACCAGUCAGACCCAACCCCUAAGUGUGGAACACCCGAGCCUCGAACUCGCGACUUGUUAGUUAGAAGUUUAUGCCUCUAACCACUGAGUCACGAGCGCACACUUCGGGGUUGGGUAGGACUGGCUGACGACGGCUAAUAAGCCAGAAAUGGCCAUUCCAGUCUCCAUUGUCUUUGUCGGCACCAUCUCAUCUAUGUCGACUACUAGUCGCUGUGAGACUGCCUGCGAGGGUUCUAGUAUGAGCCCCAAGGCACAACGGAACGAGCAUGUUUCGUAACCUGAUCGGUAAGCGCCCACUGCCAUAAUUGAUAUUCCCGACCACAACCGACAAGACAACGGGCCCGUGACUCAAUGGUAGAGUGUCAAACUCCAUGACUAAAGAUCCCAGGUUCGAAUCUCAAGUGAUCCACACUCGGGGUUGGGUAUGACGGCUAAUAAGCCAGAAAUGGCCAUUGCGGUCUCGCCUGUCUUUGUCGGCACCAUAUCAUAAUAUAUAUAUGCCAAGUUAGCGCGUGACCCUCACUGUUGUGGUUUGGAUCUCAGUCGAUCCCAUUCCUUCCGCCCGCCAACUUGUUACUGGCGGCAACAAACGUCGUGCUCUCGAUAGUUCGACCGUCGUCGACGUUGUCCACCGUGAGGUGAGAGCGGGGACGGUGACUUGUGCGUGAGCUAGUUUAUAGUGGUGGUAGGCUUGCACUACAUCUACCACACUCCCUCCUUCCCCACCUGGGCCCGGUGCCAAGACAGAGUCAAGAAGACCGGAGGCGGGGGAGGACACCGGUGGAUGGAACCUCCGAGCCCGCACCUCGGCGCUCCACUCCACACCCUCUGGCCCGUACAGCAAAUGACCAGGGUUUUAACUCACAACGACAACAGGGAGCGGCAGGGGUUCCAUUGUGAGCGACGCCAGCCAACAACUGGGUCCGCCAUUGCAGACCUCAAAUGUUGGCAUUUGUUCAAAUGCACAUUGCGAUAGCGCCUUUCAGAAUCCAAAAUGUCCCCCGUGUUGGUCCCGCAUCUACUACGUGGCCCGUUUGGGGGCACAAAAUGCCAUAAGACGUAUACCACAUAGAGUUCGUGAUUUACCUCGUUAAGCGUCACGAACUGUGAACUAAGUCGCUGUAGCGCACGCACCGUUCACCCCGCAUCCACGAAAGUUAUACUGCGUUUAAGAUACGAGCGAGCUUCAAAACGAGAUACAGUUGUAUUUAUACAGUAUUAUUUACUAACUAAGAGAUAAUUUUACGAACAAACACCAAGUCAAGAAAUGAUCUUAUUACAGGUCAAUUGCUUAAGGUCUAAUAUAACUGUCAACAGAGGAGGAACAUGUCAUGCAACGACAAAGUGAUUAAAAGUAGUAACAAAAACGACGUAUUUGCACCUUGUAGAUUGUUCUUUGGCUUCUGAACUUACUGCAAGCCGGGAGGGCACAGAGACUACUAAUUUGUCUAGGGUGGUUUGGUCUAUGUAAUUAUUACGUACAAAAUCCAAUUUUUGCUGCAUUGGAAGAUGUCUUCUUCCCUUGUCCCAAUUCCUUUUGAUUAAUGCAAAAAGAUUUUCGACUGGACUCAGGUCAAGGCUAUUGGUGGGAAUAAAGACGCUUCAAAGACCGCAGGCGGAGAGGCUGGCUGUGCUCUAAAAUAUUCGAUUAUCUUCGUAAGCUGAAUUGGAAUCAUACCUCUUUUAAGCGAUAACCAGGGGCAUUAUUCUAUAAUGUUGCGGUGUCCAUUCGACGUCAGUGAAUUCCGUUGUACUCGAAGGCAUCCCUUACGAUGUCGAUGAACGCCAGUGUUCAAUGCCAGAGUUCUCGCUCUCCGAGUCUGAUGGCCAUCCAAACCAUCGGGCGUGGACAGUUCUUGAAAAUGGGUGUCGAUACACUGUGUUCUCGUGGGGAGUUAUUCCCACAUAUGACCAUCUCGGCCGACCUUGGAGGCUUGUCUAAAAAUAAGAUCUCAUUACAAAAGUAAAUGUUUUUCCAAAAUGAAAGUUUGUGAUCAAAGUAUUUUGAGGAAACGAAAAACGUCUUCCUAUAAGUUUCUUACUUAAAAAUGGAUUCCUCACGGCGUUUAGCUGAUGAAGUUUCAAUUCUUUCAUCCUUUUUCUAACCAUGCGCCAAGAAAGCACUGACAGAUGGUCCCUGUGAAUGGCCUUAAGGGGCAUAUAAUGUUACUUUUAGUGUUUAAUGAAUGAAAUCGUCGUCAUGCUUACUUGUAAACUGCUUUGGUCACCUUGCUUAGCUCUAGGCAUUGCUUUUUAUUCAUAAUCCUCCACGGAGUAGUCUGGCUGAUAUUAAAAAUACUAGCUAUCGACUCACGCGGCAGCCCCUCAUCUGCCAAUUUUCGUAUGCGGCCAAAGUCAACCUCCGCUAGGAAUUUCUUCGACAUAUUUGUUGCACGGCGACAGCAUGUGGCGCGCAAUCCGUGUAUACACGUUCACGCCUUUUAAUUCCCGACGUAGAAAAAUAAAUACUGUCGAGCAAUAUUAUUUUGCAUUUAACGGCAUAGGACAUUACAGUUUUGCAAAAGAUAAUUGGCAAAGAGCAAAUUGCCUAUUGUCCGGUGAGAAGGCUGCGUUUUUACAGUGAGUGACCGAUUUCACGAAAUGUUGGCCUAAAUUCUGUGUGCUUUCUCCAUUAGAAGGGAUUACUUUAGUGGGGUUGUUAUAAUGAUUAUCAUGCAGCAUAAUCCUAUAAUAUUUCGGACUCACCAGGAUGUGGGCUUUUGAAUGCACUUCUUUUCGACCUACAGAAACCACACUCGGAUAAAAUGACUUAAGCAACGUGCACUUUUCAGUGAUUUUCGAGGGUCUUAUAAAUUCAAAUAUAUUUUAUAGAAAACAUGCACAUAACUAUGCUUUCUUUCACUUGUUUAGUAGAAAAUCACAUUGUCUUUACAUUUUAUACCCUAGGAAAGGUUAUCUUUCAGAUUUAAAAGUUUUAUUGUUAAUUAAAAAACAUUUUGGGAAUUGACAACGUAGAAGAAAUAUUAAUGACAAUGUGACGUUGUUUAGAAAUGCCAUUUUUAGAAAAGCAAAAAAUCCGGGAAACGUCACCAAGAUAAAUAUUUCGAGAUCGACCGAUCCGGAUGUAUUUAAACCACUUCAAAGACUUACCCCUUAAUUGUAUACGGUGGCCUUGUACACGAGACGCAAUUGAAACACUGCCGAAGUCCAUCUUUUCUCGAUCUAGUCUGCGUGCACCACAUUUCCCUUAUCAAUCGCUCGAGUCCAUCAUUCUGGCCAAUACAGCAAAUUGCUCACAGGGUACCUGCCCCUACGGAAUCCUUUCUGGAACUCGGAGAGGAGAUUGUUUUGUUCGAACUAAAUAAAUUUUCGGUUUGUUAUUUACUCCAUAACUUUGCUGCAGAUGUAGAUAAGGUUAUCUAAUCUGUAAUUAUUUGCGGAUAUUCUAUUUCUUCCCUUAUACGGCGGUAUCUCAGAACCGUCUUCGGGCCUCGAUUGCGUUUCCUGAAAAUUCGGACUCCUACUCAAUGCUUGUAAUGUCAACCAUCAUUUCGUCUCAGACAUUGGAAAUAUUGUGUGGUUACUGCCCAUUGGGUUUAUCGUACGACCCGCCUGUUCUUUGUGCCCUUUAGUCAUGUUUAGAAUUUCAUUAGUAUGUUCCUUUGUAAGCCCUAGAAUAUUCCUAUGUUCGCUGCAUCGACGUCGACGUAUCACUUUUGUUAACACUACUGUUGAUAGUAGAUGGAAAAUAUAGCGACAAUUAUUAUUACUGUUAGUAGUAGUAGUAGCAGUAGUAGCAGCAGCAGCAACAGUUGUAGUAGUUGUUGUCGUAAUUUUUAGCGGUAAAAGCAAUGAAGCCCUUCGUUCUGCACUUCACAUUCUUUCUUUGCGAGGAUUUACUGAUACUGUUUUAGGGAGCACGCAUGAACGAUCAGCGCGCCGUGCUGCCUGACUAUCCGGGUCUCGUUAUCUCUCCAGAACUGCACGCCGCCGCUGCUGCAGUAGUCGCUGGCCGUCGGAGGUCGCCAUCAGGCCUGACGUCUAACCUUCACAUGCCUGGUACCCAGCAGCAUCAUCGGCAUCCAUCUUCCAUAACGGUGAUCAGGACGCCGGCAACAGCAAACACGAACAGUAGUGAUGGCCUCUUCAGUCCGCGCAUUCGCAGUUCGAGCGAUGGCCUUACAGAACAGGGGCCCCUGAAUGCCUCCACUCAGGCAGCUAACGAGGACCUCUCUUCCGAGGAUUCAUUCUUCGAGAUGAUUCUGCGACUCCAGGUUAAUUUGAGUGCGCGUAUACCAAAUGGUGGCAAGUAUGGGAGACCCUGGCCAAGGCGAUUUCCAGGCCCAAAAUUGCGUUUUUUCUUACGCAUCCAACUCUCAAAUUAGCUUAUUUUCAAGUGAAAGCACACAGCGCAGUUAAAAUUCAAAAACUGCCGUAAGUGAUCUUCAGCUGCGCUAUUGAUAUGUUCCUGCAGCGCAUAGUAAGUCGGUGGCAGAUCGAUAUGCCUGUUGACCGGAUUUUCGUCCAAAUAUCAUGCUUCUAAUAGUUGAUAUGAAGUCCGGUCACCCACUUUGCCCGAGACUACCACACGAUCGAAAUCGAAGCUGUACCAUGGAGACGACAAAUAAGUGGCCAUAAAAGACGGUUUGUAUUUUUGCUUGACAGCAGAUUUUGCAUUACACACCCUCAUGUAGGCAAACAAGUUACGCAGGCGAUACACGAAAACCAACUUGCUGUCAGGCAAAGAUGCUAACUGUCUCUGAUGGCAAUUCAAUCAUCUUCUGGGCUCAACUUCGCUUUCAUCGUGUGGCGGUUUCGGGCCAAUUAAGUGGCUGGACGUCAUGUCUGCUGCGGCAGGCAUGAGAUUCAAACGACAACCCGGUCAACAGGCAUUCAAUCGGUCAUCGACUUAUCAGUAGCGUGGCUGAUGGUAACUUCUGGUAGUGUUUGAAUUUUCCCUGCGCUGUAUGCCUCCGCUUUAUAAUGGACUCAUGAAAGUUAGAGACGUCGGAGAAAUAGGAUUUUUGAUCCAAAAACCGUUUCCGCCUCGGCUGGUUGAAUACAUAUACCUGUUUGUGUGGUCUGUGUGCUAUGCUUUUGGGAUUAAUUUUGAUAGUUGACUGCUGUAAGAGGCAAAUAAAUGUCGUGUUUUGCGCGUAACGUUUUCGCGGCGUAGAAACAUAGAAACUUUAUUUUUUGUCUCGUAAUAUUUGACAGCAAAAGUUGUUUUAUGACUUAUUACAUCUACCCCAAACUACUUCUUUAACCGGCAUGUCUUCGAUUGUACUUGAAGGAUCCGAAGCUGUCUUUUUUACAUCCAUAUUGACCUUUUUUGUCCAUUGUUGGGUCUGGGCAUCUAAUCCGCUAAGGCAUUUCGUUUUAGAGCACCUAGUAGACCGUCAAAUUAGCAUACUUAGUACGAUGGAUUCAUGUCUCUUACAUCUGUUAAUUGCGUAUGGGUCAGUCGGGUCACUAACACAAUUUUUACUCACAAGGCUGUUUUUAGGUGAUAUUUUUAAAAUUACCAUCUAUAAAUUUCAGGGACUGUUAACACCUGGCAGGAUGGUUUACCGCGGUCCUAGCCUGUUCGAAUAGGGUCUCUAUGAUAAAGUAGGUAUUUGUUACAUGAUCGGAAUUGUUUGCACUCCGAGCAACUUGUCUUUAACGUAACCUACACCCUUCAGCUAUUCUAAGUGUAUGCAACUGCUUUGUGGAGAAUUCUGGCCUAUCCGCCCAUUCCAAAUGUAUUUCUUCGAGACUGCGCCUAACAUUGCUGCUUAUGUCCAGUGACGCUACUCAGCAUGCAAAAAAGACGUGUAGGUUAGCAAAUGUAAGAGCUCCGGGUCGAUAGUCUGAUAAAUAUGAAGGGCUCACCGGAUCAAUGGAAUUGAAUGACUUGCGUGUUGGAGGGCUUGGCCGGCUCUCCAUUAUCAAAGCGUUUUGUGCAAAAAAUCUACCAGAAUUUUAAGCAAACGGCUGAAUUAGUCGGUCCUGAGCCGAUGGCCUUUUUUCUUCUUUCGCUGCCUUGACCUUAAGUUCCUGGCAGAAUGUUCACCAACGACAGUGGCUUCUGCCAAUCAGUUCCUUGAACGUUUAAAACAUCCAAAAUUAGAGCCAGAUUAAUCCAUGCUAUCCUUUGAUGUCGUUUCACUCUUCGGAUCCAUCCCGCAAUAGCGCUUGACGUUGUGAGACAACUUCUGGUAGACCGAUACGACGAGAGGGACAAUCCCCUGAAGCCCGAACAUCUGAUCGAGCUCUUACGGCGUUGCCUAAAAAUAGACUUCGUCUUUGAUGGAUAAAUGUUUCGACAAAAUAGAGACCUCCCUCCCCCCAUAGGCUCCCCCAUAUCGGGGCUGAUUGCUGAUAUGGUCCUUCAACGAAUAGAACACUUGGUGUUCACCAAGUAUCAACCAAAGUUCUGGGCUCGUUACGUCGAUGGCACUUUCGCUAUUAUCAAACCAUGUGACGUGGAACACCUUAAAGAAUUACUGAACUCGGCUGACCCGAAUAUCCAAUUCACAAUGAAAGCUGAAACUAACGACCAAUUCCUGAAUGUCUUUGUGCGUCAGUGUACAACUGAGAAACUGCAAACUAUCGUUUAGAGGAAAGACACCAACACAAGACAAAUACUACACUUCAAGAGCAAGCAUCCCUUCUCUCACAAACGCGGCUGUGUCCGUACCCUAUUCCAAAGAGUUGGAACGCACUGCGGCACGUCAGCCGACAAAAGAGCUGUACGACAAUAACUUCAUGACAUCUUUCGGGCCAAUGGAUACCCAAGUUAUUUUAUCAAGCAAAGCAAGUGCCGAGUGAACAUACGACGGCCACAAGAACAACGCGAAGUCUGUAGGACCAUAUUUUACAUUAAAGAAGUCUCCGAGGCGGUUUCACGACUGUUAAAAUCCGCCAGAGUAGGCAUUACCCAUCGACCCCACGCAGCAAUUCGUCACCGUUUGAUGCAAUCCAUAGAUACAAUGCCACCCGCUGAAACCUCGGCAGCUGUCUAUUAAAUCCGUUGUGGCAAUGGAGACUGCAGCUACGUUGGGGAAACCAAACAGAAAUUGUAGGCUCGCAUACACGAGCACAAACUGACAACUCGGAGAUUAGACCCGAACUCUCAGUUUGCGACUCACAUCGGAGAAAAUGGCCACAGUUUUGACUUUCAAGGAACCACCGUCUUAGGCCGGGGCACCUCAAGGGCAGAGCAUCUCACACUUGAGAUUUGGUACUUAAAUGCCAACUCCAUCAAGAGGCAUCUAGACCUUCCAAUGUCCUAUGAAGUCCUACGUCGCUACAUACGUCAUGACCAGAAAAAAACGGUCACGCGGAGCUUAGGAAUACCGAGCACGCACGGCCCGUAGACUAAUCCACCCAAAAGGGCAGCACAGGUGCAACCUACCCGCAUUGAGGUGACGACACGACUCAGGAGGCCGCCUACAUUCACGGACAACAGCCAGUUGGCCACGGCAGCGAAAGAAAAAAUCCAUCGGCUCAAGGCCAGCUAAUUCAGCCGUUUGCUCAAAAUUCUGGUAGAUCUUUUGCACAAAACGCUUUGAUAAUGGAGAGCCGGCCAAGCCCUCCGAACCGUCAGCCAUUCGAUUCCACUGAUCCGAUGAGCCCUUUGAGGACACGUAGUUAAUUAGCUCGUUCGUCGAGAUCGCCCCCGCGGAAACUGUUGAAUUUCGAGCAGUUUGGAUUCUAGUGGAUAGGACUUGUGUAGCGUCUGUCCUUGGUGAUACAAGGUCGAAACAGUUGCGUGUGGAUUUGUACACAGUGAAUGACCAGGCGCAAAUAACCAAUCUACGCGUGUCAUGAAGCGACUUUGGCUUUCUCGAGCACUGCGCCAGGCGCGUCUUCCAUCAUCCAAUCCCACGUGCGUUGGAGAGGUAUCCCGGCCAUGUGCAUUUUGCUUCGCCCGUCGAUCGUAUCGAUUACCGGGGUGUGGUUGCUGCACUUGGCACAGCUAAUACAGUUCAUAAGAGAGCUAGUCGAAAGGAACUAACGCGUCGUGUAGCCAUACGUCCAAUGCGAAUUCACUACAACCCUUUCCGGGCAUCGCAUACCCCAGUCUUAGCAACAUUGCAGACUAUUGUAUGGGCAACGCUAAAAACUACACCCGUCGAUAAGACUGUCUCUGCUUUGCGAAAUUCUUCCCAGGUAGCAUAGUUUUUUAAUUUGAUCCCUUUUUGUCACCCUGGAAACAGCAACGAACACGUCUUAAUGAUCAGCGAACUGAUCUGCCUGUAAUUCCGCAGAGCAGCCCCUCACGGGAUGAGGACCAUGCCGGUACUGGAUCUAACACAUCGCCACAGCAAUGUCGCGAUGGGCUGAGUCGUCUGCAGAGGGUGCUUUCAGUUCCUGGUGCCAAAAAGCGCGGACGUCAUCACGUCUAA